AUGCCGUCGCUGUUGGGCUUGCGGCUCGGUCGAUUUGACCCUACGGCGUCCAAGCCAUCGAUAGGCUGGUGCAACGACGUUCCGUACGAUGACAGCGACGCAGAAGCCGAGUGGGAAGAGUACAUUCGACGUCAACGCAGCAUCGAGAGCAACCAGUUCGACAACGAGAGCGUUGCCAGCUUAAACACCGAAGAAGCAAGCGAAGAAGCCAUCGAGAACGAGAUUGAAAAAUCCACGCAUGAAGUGUUUUGCCAAAGUUUCGACUCGGAUUCAUUUCGUUAUCAAGUUGAAACACCUGCUUCCCGUUUCCUGACUUUGCCAGUUCGCGUGAAUUCGUCUGUAGAUUCCGCGAGUGAGAAAAGUGAAGCAGACGAAGAUGAAAAAUCGGAUAAUAACGCAGAGGAUUUAGAAAUGGACGCCAUUGCUGACAAAUACGUGACGUCGGAUCAACUCGAAGACGUGGACGACGAGUUUGAUGACGAGGUCUUUGCUUUGACGCCAGAAACGUGUCCAAGUCCGCCAGUAUCUCCACGUCCAGUGCCGCCAAAAAUCCCGUUGCGGAUAUUUGUUGCAACGUGGAACAUGGCUGCAAAAGACCCAUUUGCACAUCGUAGGCGGGGUCAGUACAUUGGCGAUGAUCUAGCAGCAGAAGCUUUGCAGGAGCUCUUGCCUUUGGGAUACGAUAUUUACGCUAUUGGGACACAGGAAAAAGUCACGAAACAUUUGCAUGCGGCUGUGCUUGCACGACUCAACCAGCAGAUCGUAGUUAGCAUGGAGAAUACAAGCACCGACCGAAAGUAUCAACGUCUGGAAUUGACAGCAAAACGGAGAUGGCUGCAUAGUCGAAGACGAAGACGUCGUGAAGACGAGUGUCAGCACUGGAGAGCGUAUCAAUCGUCGGAUUUUGGUAACGUUAGUUCGGUAGGCUUGACGAGUUUCUGCGGCAGUGAAUUGCCUUGUAACAUGUGCAGUCCGCACGCCAACAGUGCGUACAGUAUCAACAGUCCCUAUGCGAGUUUUUGUUGCGAUGACGUGCCGUCUCGUAAGUCAUCUGCGGAUACUGUUUACUGCACUCCAAGGUGUUCGUGGUGGAAUAAAGAGACGGGGGAGAAAGAGAUCCGAGGCCGUGGAGACCACGCGUUUAUCCGUCGAAAAUCUACUGGUCUAUCCGUGUACUACGCUAGUCAUCUUCAGGACCAAAUUGAGGUCGUGGCAGCAGGUUUACACAAGUUUACGGGCUCGAAAGGAGGCAUUGCCGUCACAAUUCGCAUCGCUGGUGACGCUCAGACCCUCACGUUUGUCAAUUGUCACCUAGAAGCGCAUAAAAUCGAGCGGAGAAGACGACAACUGGACAAACUUGCGCGUGCUCUCCCUCGGUCUCUAGGUUUCAAUACCACGCUUGCUAAUUGCAGCGACCAUGUGAUCUGGAUGGGAGACUUUAACUACCGGAUUCAGAUCCUCGAUGGCGACGAAGUCCUUCGUUUAUUGAGUGCUGGUCGGUUGCAAGAACUACACGACCAUUACGACAGUAUGACCGAAGACUUGAAGCACGUACAGGGACUGCAAUCGUUCCGUGAACCAGUCAAGUGGCCUACGUUCUACCCGACGUAUAAGAAGGUAGUGUGUCGAUCGCGACUGCCGUUGAGUGGCUCUACCACCGGAACGGGAAGAGAUACACGAUGGGCUCAGCACGUGUACCAGACUACCUACCGUGAGCCGUUCUACAAAGGAGGAAGAGUCCGAAAGCGUGUUCCAGGCUGGUGUGACCGCAUCCUGUACUGCUCUCGAGCGGAGACUCCGUGGGAGACUUGUCUGAAGGUAGAACAAGCUGCGUGUCCGGACUCGAGUCGAGGCCGAAGUAGUUUUGGCUCCGAGGCCGUGCGAGACAACUACAGGGCGUUGAACGAUGAACUGCGCGGCAGCGACCACAGCCCUGUGUCCUGCACCUUCCUCUGGUCGGUGCAGCGCUAG